UCCGAUUUUUAGAAAGUCGCGCGCAAACUCGAGCGCCUUAUUUUUGCUCGCUACGCCGGCGCCUUCCUUUCCGUGUGCUUUCCCGACUUCUCGAUGGAGUGAAAAUUGAGUGUUCCGUUUUUGGCAGCAAUGAAUCUCCGUCGUGGACAUUAAAAUUUCAUGUGCAGUUGGUGAUUAUAGGGGAAAUAGGGUAGCCGAACGUGGACUCGUCGUGGAUGCAGGAAAACGAAUAACGAGAUGGCAGAUGGAUAAACAUUAAACAGUGAUCAAUCAUAAAGCUUCCACUCAAUAAUCGCUUCAUUUGGUCUAUAUACGUCAAAAGUGACACACAAAAUUUCAAUGAGCGUUGACACACUUUUUUUCAUCGCACGGUUUUUUUUUGUUUUUCUCCUCUCGAUAUAGCCUAAUUCGCUUUUUUCCCCGCUUUGUUUGUCGAAAUUAUAGCCCCGAUGAGUCGACGUCGCUCACGUCAUCAUGUGUCACAUAAGCGCAGUUUGAGGCCAUAGUGAAACUCCCGCGUAAAUGUACACCGAAAACCAGUGGAACGUCGUGAAAUCAUGUACGUGUGUCUGUGCACUGGGAUUUCUAGCAUUGAAAUUAUCAUAAUUCCAGUAGACCGAUCUCGGUGAACGUGUGAUUAUUAGGAAAUGCGUGCGGUGAAGUCAGCCGGUGGCGAAAAAAGGAAGAGUUCACGCGGAAGAAAGGCUCGCACUUAUGAAACUAGAAAGGGUUACGAGACGCUGAGCAAAGGCAAAAAAUCGUGGAGCGUGCGCCUGGGACUGUCGCGGGCCUCGCAGUCGCCGCGCCAAGACAUGGCGCAGCACCGGAGCCCGUACCACCCGGGGGCCGGUGGCGGCGCCGGUUGGGGAACUGUCAGCGGCGGCAGCGUCCUCGCACAGCAGAUGAUCUACGGCGAGCCAUGGCUCUAUGGAACAGUACGCUCGCGGGCCGCACCUGGAGGACACAUGCCCCAGCUGGCCCACCAUCACGGAGCGCCGGUGCUGCUCGUCUGCUCGUGUCCGGACUUCUUGAGCGGAACCGCCAGAGACCUAGGGAGCAACUGCAGGAAGUGCGGCGGACACAGACUAGCAGGACUGGCAAUUGGUGGCACUUGCAGGAUGCCUACGACGACCGUCAGGGCUAGGCCCAGUUUAGCAGGUAUGCUCAAGCCGACAGUCGACGACCCGUACGAUCUGAUGCGCCGCAACCGACUGAUAGAGCCACGUUCGCGAGCGCGCAGCAUCUCGCCGCAGCGCCAGGCGAAUCAGCGAGACGUGCGAAGUCAGAGCGUCGUCAGAUGCAACCCCAAGGAUCGAAGCGCUUCCAGCGGAGCCGCUGUCAAGGUGGCCACCGUCGAGCCCAUGUCCAGGACUGAGUGGUUCGACUGCACCGAGGUGUCCAGUCCAAGUUCUGGACCUGGACCCGGAAGCGAUCGGCUGCUGGAUGAUAAUUCUAAUCAGUCGACCGACCCGAAGGACAGCGACUGGACUACGAAUAAGUCCUCCGCCUCCCAGGAUCUGGUCCCGCUCCGUUCCCAGCCCGGUCGGAUAGUCCGGGUACCGAAUCACAACGUCAAGUCCAGGAGAUGGCAGCCCUCGUCCUCCAGCUCGUCGUCGCUGCCGCAGUCAAAGCAGCAGCAGCAGCCGGACGAAGAGACCAGUAGCACGACGACCACGACUAGCGGCGACUCGCGUAAGAGCAUCCUCGAGUGCGACGUGAACCCGUACCUCCUCCUCAAGAAUCAGCAGCAGCGCAAGCAGGACGAGGACGACCUGUCGGACGAUCUCUCGGACAACGCUCUAGAGCACGAGCUGCACCACUCGUCGAGCUCCAGCCACAGGUCCACCAACAACCUCUUCGACCCAUCCAAGGUCAAGUCGAUCGAGAGGAUACCGAACCGCAGUUCCGUCGCGGCAAUCGGCGGCCAGCGGAUCCGCGUGUUCAACGAGCCUCGCGAGCCCAGCGACGAGGAGGACGGACAGUCCACGCUCCAGCCGAGUCUCACUAGGAUACCCAUCCCAAAGAUAUCGCCCAAGCGGCCGCCCAGACGCCUCAAGGAGGCCAAGAACGCGCUCAAGAGCAUUCUCAAGAGGACCGACAAGCUGCCGCUCUUUGCUGGCGAACCCAAGCGCAAGUCCGUCCUCUUCAACGUGGACAACGUCAUCCUGGCUCCCGAGAAGCCCACCGACAUCUGCCUGAGCCCGCAGAGGAAGACGAGCAAGACGGCAAUGUCUCCGACGCCAAUCGACGCGAAAGCGGUUUCCGAACUCGAUGCUAUCGUGAACGAGGCGCCGAUCGUACCAGAGGAGCUGCAGGUCGAGAGGCCGCGGUUCAUCACGAUACCAAACAUCAAGAGCUUCAAGCAGCCGACCGGCAACAACACUUGCCAGCAGCCAGCUGUGACGCCGUGGCAGGACAGGCCGAACACACGAGAGCUACCGGAAGCCAAAAUCGUGCCGCGGGUCAAGAGUAUGCCGCCGAUCGAGAAGAUCAAAAUAGACAAGUUCGUGCCGUCAAAGAAGCAGCAGCUCCAAGACCAGCACCACCAGCAGAAUCGGCUCAAUCAGGACCUUAACGCUCUGAAUGCGCAGCAGCAGCAGCCGAUGAGUGCGGAGGACAACGAGAUCAAAGAGAAGAGGAUCGUUGACGAAGAGAAGAGUGUCGAGGAGUCGGAGAAGAGCAAAGUCGUUCAGGCGCCGACGAGUGUCGCUCCCGCUGUUGACAUCGAAACGGAAGUCGAGGCUGAGAGGAUGGAAGCGAAGGAGGAGACGGCGGACGUCAAACCCAUCGCCGUGGACGAAAAGGAUAUGAUUGAGAAGUGCGAAGGCGUUAGUGUCCCAAAGAUAUCGACAACAGGCACAACGUGUCUGACGCGGAGUCAGAGCGAACGAUCAACUGCAAGGCCGGAAAUGUCGGCGGCGGACGUCAACUUCGUCGACACGAUGAGGCUGAGCCUCUGCCGAAGAUCUAAGGAUGAAGACGUGGCCGCGAUAAAUGCAGCUGGGCCCGAACAGGGUAGACGCAAGAUGAGCUUUGAGGAGGCAAGGGGAAGGGUGGCUCUGAAGAUGAUCGAGUCAAGCCUAAUGGGCGCACGUAUCGAGGAGGAGAGCGAGAGCAAGGAAGUGAGGGACGAUCAGGGGAGCGAAAAGAAGAGUAUAAUUAAUGAGACGUCAGCGGCCGUGAUCAGGCAGCCGAGCACCGAAGAGGAGCAGUUCAGGAGGACGCGACCGACCAGCUGGUCUCCGCCACCUGUCGAGGCAAAAAGCAGUCCACAGCAGCAGCAGCAGCAACAGAACAACGUCUUCAAGAUAACCGUGACCCCAAGAUCGGCGCCGGCGUCUAUCAUGGUUCACAGACUUCAGGUCGGUUCGAGCACGCCAUUAAAGGGAUCGCGGGGAACGUCGAUCAUCAUCAACAGCGAUCAGCAGUCUCCCAGAAGCACCACCGAAAGCACUUCAGACUCGGACAACAAAGUGACCAUAAGCGUGGGCGGCGAGAACACCAUCUGUAACCCAACGGUCAUUUCGGUGAACAGCAACAUGCUCGACAGUCCUCCGAUCCUCAACCAAACCUCUGGAGAUGAGAAACGAACUCUCGUGAUCCUCGACAACUACCGUUCCAACAUAGUCAUCGGUGGCGAACGACAAGAUGUGCCAAAGCCGCAACACCUGUCACCAGUGGUAUUGCAGCAGGACGUGAACGCGAACGAAACGUUGAAAUCCCAAAGCAAGCCAAUAGAGAUCAGGCCGAGGCCGAAGUUCAAGGAGACCGACGAGUCGCCCGAUAGUUCUCCAAACUGGAAGCAGAUCGUCGACGCGCCCAAGUCCUCGGAUAUCUCGAAGGAGGAAAUGAUAUCGAAGCUGCUGGAGGACUCUCUUCGAAAGGCUCGCGAGAACGGCGAGAUUCUCGACGAGAGCAGUGGCGAAGCCAUACUCAAGAUUCUCAAGCAAAGCCUACUCAAGAGCUCUGAGCCCGAGCCGGGAUACUUCAGGCCGUCUUGCAGUCUGAACUCAAGCGCGCUGGACGGUGAACUCAUUGCCACGAACAUGUUCCUCGAGGAGAAUGCGUACGAGGUGAUCAAGGAGCCGAUCUACGAAGAGAUCCCGGACGAGCCGCCGCCGCUGCCACUGAGUCCGCCGCCAACAGAGGACUACUUGAAGGGCAGGAUAUUCUUCGGGGACGAAUACAGAGACUUGAACAGCAGCAUAGUCACACCACUGGACGGAUACUACAAGCCUUUGACCGCCCACUCCAACCAGUACCUCGAAUACUCAUAUCUCUCGAAAAGCCCCGACGAGCAGCUGUUCAAGAAGAGCUCGACCUCUUCCAUCGCCGAUCACAAGGACAACCUGUCCAGCAAGUUCGAGCUUCUGAACUUCAUCAUGGACUCGAAGGAGCGCACCCGUGUCGGUAACGUCGCCCUGGACCAAGAGGAGGAAGUCGACGAGGUGGAAGAGGAGGAGGAGGAGGAGGAAGAUGAAGAGGAGGACCCGGAACGUGACCUCGAGGCCCUCUACGAACAGAAGGAGACGAGCCUGGGAGAUCUGAGCUCCAAGAGCUCGCAGAUAUCGAACGUGUCCGACAGUAGCGAGGAGUGCAACAUCAUCCUCGCUAACUCGCCGGAAGCUCUAAAGACCCGCACGGUGGACAUCGAGCGUACGGACAGCGGCGUAGGCUCGGAGAGCAGUCAGGCGAGCAGCGGCCGAGGCGGCGGGAUCAGCAGGCGCUGGCGCGCCGGAAACGCCGCGAGCACCGGCAGCGGCGUCGCCCACGGUGCUGUCGGCGCCGGUGUCAAAGGCUCCGCCGGCAACGGUGCUAUAACGUCGCCCGGCGCCGCCUGCGCUCCCCACAAGCCCAGCGACAUCAAGCACUGCGAGGACUGCGAGCAGUGCAUCGAGCUGCCUCUCAUAAUCGACAGUGGCUGCUUGGUGUACUCGCCGCUGGUGUGUCGGAAGUGCGGCAAAAAACGCUCCGAGCGCAAGGAGAUCAUCACGGAAAUAGUCGAGACGGAGCAAAAGUACGGCCGCGAUCUGCAGAUCAUCCUCGACGAGUUUCAUCGGCCGAUGCUCAGGGCUGGCUUACUCACCCAGGAACAGCUCUCCGCGAUCUUCCUCAACGUAGAGGAGCUGCUCGAGCACAAUCAGAUACUCGCCGAGAAACUCAAGGAUGCAGUUGACAUCGCUCAGGAAUCUGGUGAUGAGGAUCUGGUAACGGUUGAUCUGGGAAAGAUCUUCCUCGAGGCGGAGAGAAUGCUGCACGCUUUCGAAAGCUACUGUACUCGGCAGGGAGGCGCGAGUCUUCUACUGCAGAAUCUCGAAAAGGAAAAGGAACUGCUGAGGAUAUUCCUCAAAGUCUCGCAGAUGGAGAACACCGUUCUGCGUAGAAUGAAUCUUAAUUCUUUUCUGAUGGUUCCGGUACAGAGGGUCACGAAGUAUCCGCUUCUUCUGGCGCGUCUCUUAAAAGCGACGCCCUCGGGAAGGCCGGAGAUGCAAGAACUGAAGAAAAGACUCAAACAAGCGCAGACGAAUAUAGAGCUGCAUUUGGAGCAUAUGAACGCUGAGGCCAAAGAUAUCACGUCGACGAAACUCUGGCGGCGAAUUUCGAUUAUACAGAAUGGUAGAAGAUCGACCGGCGAGCAAGAUAUGGUUAACAUUAAGUUACGAAAGAUGGCUGUGGAAGUACUCGAGUGGGCACACGAGGAUUCGAGGUUCGUGUUGGAGGGUCGACUUUUGGUCGCCCAACCGACCGACAACAAUUGGAGACGAGGAAGAACCGUCAAACUCGCUCCCGUUACUGCGAUGCUGGUCACCAACGGCAAGCCGAACAAAGAAUUCCUUGAUUUCUCCGACGACUCUCUCUUUCCGAGGCAAAUAGGCAUCAAAGAUGCCACUCUACUUCUUGUCAAGGAAAAAUUGGGACGGUACUCGUUAUUAAGAGAACCACUCUAUCUCGAUAAGUGUAUCGUGUGCUGUGAGACGGACCUCGAGGAUUACUUUGAGAUUCAAGAGUUGUCCUCCAAGGAGACGUUCAUCUUUAAGGCUGAAGACGGCGCCAGGACGAAACGCUGGUGUCGAACCCUGCAGGCCCACGCGCAGUCAUUGGGAGCCUGGCGACGGCGUCGCGGCGCCCUGCCCAACAUCAUGAUUUGCGGAGUGGCGCGGAACUGAGUGAUUCUCCGGACAAGUGCUGAUCCAAGAGAGAGAGAGAGAGAGAGAGAGAGAGAGAGAGAAAGAGAGAGAGAGAGAGAGAGAAAGAGAGAGAGAGAGAAAACUAUAGUGCGUCGCAGAAACGGGAGUUUCCUACGUAACUGUAUAUCGAGAUAAUGUAACGAGAGACAAACGAUUUAUACUUACGACGAACGCGAAAUUGUAUGUCGUGUCGCAAGUGAUUCCUAACUUUAAACAAUGCGUUUUACGAUGAAAUUAGUGAGACGCGAAUAAUAUGCUUUGUUUUUUUUUGUUUGUUCACAUAAAGUGCAUAAUGAAUUAUUGCUAUACUGUUUUUGCGCAAUCAGUCGUAUGCAUUAUAAUUAUAUACAUAGAAUGUUACAUAUAAUAAGUACUUCCCCUUUCCGUUCUCUACUCCUAAGUAACACUAAUAUUCCUUUCGUUUAGAUUAACCAAUAUUUGAAUGUGAAUUUCUUGUAUUUUUCUCGAGACACGAUCAGUAGCUGUGAUAUCGACCCGGUGUAUUGGGAUAUAUUAUGUAUACAUAAAUGAUAAUAUAUUAUAUGAUAUAAAUUUUAACUUUUUCUCGCUGAAGUAGUUAUGCGCAUUUCCUUUACAUUUUCUUUCUUUUUAAUGAUUUUAAACGUCAAACGCUGACAUUGUAUGAAAUGUAAAAUGUGCAACGAUUUAUUGUACAUUAUAAUAUAGUUACAGCCAUUUGUAUAUACCUUUUAUGCACGUGUAAAAACCUCUAUCAAGACAUUAUAUAAUACAUGCGGCAUACAAGAUUAAGAUUAGAGAAAAAUAGUAUAUUGUGCAACUAGGUGGGGGGGGGGGAAGGGCGAUUUCUAACGAGGGUGAGAUUUGAGUACGAGUUGGAGUCGAGGGCACCGAAAGCGCCCGAGACGGAGACGAGUGCUCAAAUUUCACCCGAGGUAGAAAUGGCCCUCCCCCCCUUGUUGCACACUGUACUUUUUUUGACAAGUGCCUGUAAAGACCCGUGUUCAUGCAUAUAGAAUGAAUGGUAAGUUGCGCAUUUUGAGUCGUAAACCACUCUCUUUCAAAAAAUAUCAAAAUUUUUCAAAAAUUUUCAAAAAUUUGAUUAUUUUUGAGUGUUUAUGAGUAGCGGGAGGGAAUAGCCAUUCUCUCCCGCUGCAACGGGAGGGAAUGAUUCCCUCCCGCACGCUCGAAAUGAGCAGCUUGCCAUUCACUUUAGAGGCAUGGAAACGGGCCUUUUUCAUGCACGUGUUAAGAAAAAUUAAUUUUUAUAUUAUUAAUAAACACCGAGAAAAGCUUCUUGAUUUGAUGUAUAAUGUAUAAAAGAAAACUAUUAUAACUAAUGCGCGUUAAGUGCAACGACAAAUAUUACUUACAAAUGAUGUAUAAUAAUAAAAUGUAUAAUAUUUAA